UGACUUCCAACCGGAGUCCUGCGGUUAGUGGCUGGGUCGAUCACAACCUGGAGCCUCAAUUUCCCUAUCCGCAAAACUGGCUGAUAACUCGCGUAAGCGAUCAGGAAUGUUGAUUGAGCAACUAACCAAAAGGCUGGGCACGAACACGGGACUCCGAGGCGCACCCCUGCGACCUAGGCCGGCGUCCGCAGGCCCGUCCUGGGAUCCGGCGGGGAGUCCCGAACCCGGAAUCCGCCGCGCUCUCGGCCCUCCCGCCGGGGGCCCCCGCGCCCCGUCGAGGUCGGCCCCUGCCUGGCGCAGAGAGGCGUGGCCGGCCCUUGAGCCCGCCGCGGCGGCCAUGGCCUCGGUGGUGGAAUACAAGGGCCUGAAGGCCGGCUACCACUGCGGCUACUGCGCGUCCAGGGAGGGCAAGACGUCGUGUGGCAUGUGGGCACACUCUUUGACAGUACAGGAUUAUCAGGAUCUCAUAGACCGAGGAUGGAGAAGAAGUGGGAAAUAUCUGUAUAAACCUGUCAUGAAUAAAACAUGCUGUCCUCAGUACACAAUAAGGUGUCGCCCUUUACAGUUUCAACCAUCAAAAUCUCACAAGAAAGUUUUGAAAAAAAUGCUGAAGUUUCUGGCUAAAGGGGAGAUUUCGAAAGGCAGUUGUGAGGAUGAGCCCAUGGAUUCUACAAUGGAGGAUGCUGUUGCUGGUGACUUUGCAUUAAUAAACAAGUUGGAUAUAAAGUGUGAUCUUAAAACACUCAGCAGUGACCUCAAAGGAGGCAUAGAGAGCGAAGAGAAGAAGAAGGAAAAUAGUUUAAAGAAGGAAGGACCUAAGGAAUUAAUUCAUCCACAAGCUAUAGAGGAGAAGUUGGGUUCUGGUGAACCAUCACAUUCAAUCAAAGUUCAUAUUGGUCCUAAGCCAGGUAAAGGGGCUGAUUUGAGUAAGCCUCCAUGCCGAAAAGCAAAGGAAAUGCGGAAAGAAAGGAAAAGGUUAAAACUCAUGCAGCAAAACUCAGCUGGAGCCUUUGAGGGUUUCCAGGCUCAAGGUCAGCCAGCAUCUUUGUUACCAAAGGCUAAAUCCAAUCAGCCCAAGUCACUUGAAGAUUUAAUUUUUGAAUCUUUACCAGAGAAUGCAUCACACAAGUUAGAGGUGAGGGUGGUGAGAUCUUCUCCACCAAGUCCUCAGUUCAAAGCCACAUUUCAGGAGUCUUACCAGGUCUAUAAGCGUUACCAGAUGGUUAUUCACAAGGAUCCACCUGAUAAACCAACUGUGAGCCAGGUGAGGCUAGUACCUGCCUCCUUUGAGGAUCCAGAGUUCAAGUCAUCCUUCAACCAGUCCCAUUCUUUAUAUAUCAAGUAUCAAGUGGCCAUUCACAAGGAGACACCUGUUGAAUGUGGAAAGUCUGAGUUCACGAGAUUCCUUGUCGACUCACCAUUGGAGGCAGAGUACCCUGCUAAUGGACCGGAGUGUGGUUAUGGCUCCUUUCACCAGCAAUACUGGCUCGAUGGGAAGAUCAUUGCCGUUGGUGUGAUUGACAUCCUCCCAUACUGUGUGUCUUCCGUGUAUCUAUACUAUGAUCCUGAUUACUCAUUUCUGUCUUUGGGUGUCUAUUCAGCAUUAAGAGAAAUUGCUUUUACUAAACAACUGCAUGAGAGAACAUCGCAACUCAGCUAUUACUAUAUGGGUUUCUACAUUCAUUCCUGUCCCAAGAUGAGAUACAAGUGGAUGAAGGCCGCAGUAAGGACCUUAACCGACUACGGGUACUUCACAGGCGAUCCACCAUGCCUUAUGCUGUUUACAAGAACUACCAAGAAGACCCGAGUGAGGAGGAGGGUGUUCUGGAGUAUGCCAACCUUGUGGGGCAGAAGUGCGCUGAGAGGAUGCUGCUGUUCAGAAACUCACCACCUGCCCCAUAGCCCAGCACCAGCCUGGGUACCUGGUCACCGUCCUGUGUAUCUUGGCUUUUGUAGCCACUCACCAAGUACAUUCUUAGAGCUUUUAAAAAUUAUUUUGUGGAAUUGUAUUUAUGAGAAUCUUGUGGUUAAUAUAAAGAUUUUAAAAUACACUAUGAUCCAGCCCUUAAUUGGGAUUUGUCCUUUUGGAGUUUGCUUCUGGAACAAGGUAUGCUAAAUGUCUCCAGUAAAUAUUCUGGGGAGGAAAGUGAUGAAAUGAAUCUAAAUAAUUUCCUCACAUUACUGUUUUUGUCCUGGAAAAAUUCUAACAGAAAAGAUGGUUCUCAACCUAUGGGUUGCAACCCCUACAGGGGUUGUAUAUCAGAUAUUUACAUUACGAUUCAUA